AUGAAGAAAUACUAUAUAUUUAAGAGACUUUUACAUGCUACAACUACAAAAUUUAACAACAAUCUUUUAACUCCAUUAAAAUUAUAUAAUCUACGAGUUGAACAAGGUAAAUUAAAAGAUGAUAAAUAUCAAAGAAAGAUCAUAAGUUCCCUAAGUACAUUACAUGAAAAACUAUCACAUUAUACUCCACCGGAAAUAGAAACACCAACUAUAGACUCAUUAAAGCCUAAAAUUGGAAUAAGUAAAAUUUUCAAUUCAUUUUUUGGUAAUAAUGGAGAACAAUCAAAAGUAAAUGAAGAAGAAUUAUUAACUGUUGAUAAUGAGGUUAAAGGGGUCUAUCUUUAUGGUGAUGUUGGAUGUGGUAAAACAAUGUUAAUGGAUUUAUUUUAUAAAACUGUUCCACCUAAUUUAGCAAAAUCUCGACUUCAUUUUCAUCAAUUUAUGCAAAAUUUACAUAAAAGAUCACAUACUUUAAAAAUACAAUAUGGUGGAGAUGUUGAUGUUAUUCCAAUUCUAGCUAGUGAAAUUGCUCAAAGUUCCACUGUUUUAUGUUUUGAUGAAUUUCAAGUUACUGAUGUUGCUGAUGCGAUGUUAUUAAGAAGAUUAAUGACGUUACUAUUAAGUCCAAACUAUGGAGUUAUAUUAUUUGCAACUUCAAAUAGAGCACCUGAUGAUUUAUAUUUGAAUGGUAUUCAAAGAGUUUCAUUUAUUCCAUGUAUCAAAUUAAUUAAAAAACAAACAAGAGUUAUUUAUUUAAACUCACCUACUGAUUAUAGAAAAGUUCCUAAACCUAUAUCGUCAGUAUAUUAUCAUCCUAAACCUGGAGUUAAAUGGAAUAGUAAAAUUAAUCAAGCAAAUUGCAAAAAACAUGUUGAACAAUGGUAUGAUUACUUCAAUCAAACAAAUAAAAAUCAAGAAAUUUUACAAAAUUUUACUUUAGAAGUUUGGGGUAGAAAAUUAAAAGUUCCAAAAUGUUCACCUAAUAAAGUGGCUCAAUUUACAUUUCAUGAAUUAUGUGGUGUCCCAAUGGCUGCUGGUGAUUAUUUAACUCUUGCAAGUCAUUUUCAAAGUUUUAUAAUUACUGAUAUACCUUAUUUGUCAUUAGAUGUUCGAGAUCAAGUUAGAAGAUUUAUUACAUUUUUAGAUGCUGUUUAUGAUUCACAUGAUAGACUAGCAGUUACAGCAGUUACAAAUUUUCAAGAUUUAUUUGUUGAACCAGAAGAUUUGAAAAAAGAUAAUUAUAAAUUAUAUAAACAUCAAGAUAAAACUGGUGUUGAAAAUACUUUUGAAGAUGAUGAAUUGGUUUUAAAACAUGGUUUUGAUAAGAAAAUUGCUAAAAAAGCAGCGAUGUUUGCUGAUGAUGAAGAAAAAUUUGCAUUUGCAAGAGCAUUAAGUAGAUUAUCACAAAUGAGUACAACUGAAUGGAUUGAAAAUGUAAAAGAUGAAUAG